GCCCCCGGCCCGCCGGCGCAGCAGGCCGCCCCCGCCACACCCGCGCACCACGGCCCCGGCGCCUCGGAGCACCCGGUGCAGCGGUCCAUCUCCAUGCCGGCGCCCUCGCACGCGGCGAGGGACCCCCCCGCGGCGCGCGCCCCCGCCGUCAGCCUGGGCGACGCCGGCCCUUCGCGGCCGCGGCCGGCGUACGGCCGCUCCAUGUCCAGGACCGAGGUCGUCAAGAAGUACAUCAAGCGCGAGACGGCGGUGUUCUUCGGCGUGGAGGAGUCGUGCGCGCGCGAGCAGCAGGAGCGCUGGCUCAACAGGCGGCGGCGGCUGGCGGCUCGCACCUACGGGGCCCUGCGCGACGACCAGCAGCCGCCGCGCACUCCUUCCACCCCGCGCACCCCCACAAGUGCCUAUGCGACGCAACAGACCCGGGACCCGUGCCGGCCCGACGUGCUUCCCCCGGGCCGCGCCCCCGGCCCAUCCGCCGAGCUGCCCGCCCCCCGCUGGAGCGAGCCGCCCGUCCGGCGGAAAGAGUCUGUGGCGCAGAUGACCUUCGGCGGGCUCGCCCUCGUCGUCACGACCCUGACGAGGCACAGGCCGAGGCCUCAGCCCCGCAGCAACGAGCGGGCCCGCAGCUUCGCACUGUCCGACGUGCCGGAGUCGGCUUCUGGCGACGAGGACACCCCGAUGACUCUCGGGGAGGAUGAGGUGUUCUUCGACAAGCCCCUCCCGCAGGCGGCAGUGGCGGCGGCUGCGGCGCAGGCGGCAGAAGGCGACGUGGCGGGGCCAUCGAGGGUGGUCCAGGCCGAGGGAGGCUUCGUGGCAAGCAGGGACCAACUGGACCACGUGCAGCUUGAUGCGCAGUACUACACCCGGGAGAGGGCGCCAAGCUGGCGACGCACACCAGAGAGAAUGGAAACAGCCAGCGAGUCAGGUCCAGAAGUUGGCUGCUCUCGAAUAUGGACCCGCGUUCUAGACAGGGUGUUCGACAACUCGGAUCGUCGCACGUACGGGAUGGGUGUCAUGGGAAAGUUUUUUGGGCGCUCCAUCAAGAAGCGGGUGGCGGCGCGCCAGGACAUCAAGGAGCAGCUGGAGGACAUGGAGGACUACCGGCCCUUCUUCACGUACUGGGUGACGACGGUGCAGGUCCUCAUCCUCAUCAUAUCGCUGGUGUGCUACGGCCUGGGGCCAGUGGGCUUCAACCUGAACCACCGCUCGGGCCAGGUGCUCGUCACCAGCCUGUCCCUGCAGCAGGUGGACUACCAGGAGCCCGCCAACUUCUGGAUUGGGCCCAGGGCGGCCGACUUGAUACACCUAGGGGCAAAAUUUGCCCCUUGCAUGCGCAAGGACGUCAAGAUCAUCAAGGAGAUCGAGAAGGGCAGAGAAAAGGAGCGGGAGACGGCAUGCUGCAUCCGGAACGACGAUUCGGGCUGUGUGCAGUCCUCCCAGGCCGAUUGUUCAAAGACCAUAUCCACAUGGAAGAAGUGGUCACCUGGGGAAGCUGGGCCUGGGGGGAGAAUCUCUGGAUCCGUGUGCGGACUUGACCCCAAGUUCUGCGAGGCACCUGCGUCGGUGGCGCCCUACGAGUGGCCCGACGACAUCACCAAGUGGCCCAUCUGCCGCAAGACCAACUCCCGGACGCAGCAGCGGACGCCCUACAAGGACAAGAUCGCCGAGCACAUGGUGUGCGAGGUGAUCGGGCACCCGUGCUGCAUCGGCAUCCACGGCAUGUGCCGCAUCACCACCAAGGAGUACUGCGACUUCGUGCGGGGCUACUUCCACGAAGAGGCCUCGCUCUGCUCCCAGGUGUCCUGCCUGGAUGAUGUGUGCGGGAUGAUUCCUUUCUAUUCUCCUGAAAUACCCGACCAGUUCUACAGACUGUGGACAUCGCUGUUCCUGCACGCAGGGAUAUUCCAGCUCGCCAUCACCCUGAUGAUCCAGUACUUCCUGAUGAGGGACCUGGAGAAGCUCACUGGUUCCCUCAGGAUAAUGAUCAUCUACAUGGGCUCCGGGGUCGCAGGGAAUUUGGCCAGUGCCAUUUUCGUGCCGUACCGGGCUGACGUGGGACCGGCGGGGGCACAGUUCGGCCUGCUGGCGUGCCUCAUCGUGGAGGUGCUCAACGCCUGGAUGAUGCUCAAGCAGCCGGAGCAGGCCCUGCUCAAGCUCGUCGGCAUCACGCUGCUGCUGUUCCUGGUCGGCGUCCUGCCCUGGGUCGACAACUACUCCCACCUGUUCGGCUUCGUCUUCGGCUUCCUGCUGUCGUACGCCCUCAUGCCCUUCCUGUCGUUCGGCGAGUACGACCGCCGCAAGAAGGUGGCGCUGGUGUGGGUGUGCCUGCUGUCCGCCCUCUUCCUCUUCGCGGCGCUGGUCGUGCUCUUCUACGUCGUGCCCGUGUACGACUGCGAGGUGUGCGGCUACUUCAACUGCGUCCCGCUCACGCGCGACUUCUGCGCCAGCCAGAACAUCAACUUCAUGCGGGAGGAGCCGGUGGUAUGACGGCGGUGGCUACGGUUGGACGGAACCGUACGCAUCCCAGACUUUGUCCUCACGGCUUGUUGGAGCUUCGCGAUUGCGAGCCGCCGAGAGCUCCCGCCAGGCAAUGCCGGGGAAAGUUCUGCUCGCGACACCGAAAGAGCGUCGCCCUGGUCGUCGUUACCGGUCGCGUUCGACGUGCGUGUUCGAUCGUGUGACUUGAAACUACAAAUAUUUGAGAACAGAAAAAAAGAUGUCUCUUAUAAUUUAGAUACGGAACAGAUCAUGCUGUCUGGUCACAUUUUACAAGAAUAACCAAGCUGUAACAUUAUCAAAAACACAGUUUCCAAACAAAAAAAUUUUUAUUGCAACCCACAGAUGGUUUCCAUAGUAUAUAAUAGCCCCACAAGUAUAGAUGUGCCCUGCCAUAAUUUUUUCUCUCUUUGUAUCCACAGGUAAUUAAUUCAUUAACCCAAAAUAAAAUAAACUUUAAAUACACUGGUGAUACCGAUUUACUGGACCAUAUAAAUUAUUUGUGUUCAAAAAAGGACUGCCUAUUGUAUCUAAAAGUUGGAUUGGAUAUGUAAAAAGAUAUAACAUUAUGCAUGUAAUGAUAUCUUCAUUGUGGUUGAUUGUGAAGAUACUUGGAGUUAUGCUUGCAUCGAUAGGUGUUAAAUUACCACAUUAUUUUAUCACAGAAACAGUUACAUAUUCAUGAUAAAAAAAAUCCUUCUAAUGCUCUAUUGUGUGGUUAAUAAGGAACAGAAACAGAAAUAUUGUAAGGUCAUAGUGAAUAAAACACAUUAAUUCUGAUUAGUCACUUCAAAUAUGCUCUACUGUUUGAAUUACUUAGUACAUACUCGUCAAAAAGAAAUGUUAUAUCAGAUUAAGUUUUAUCUAGUUAGAAAAUUUGAAAUGAAACUAAUCUACAGAGUCUUGCUUGUGAAAAAUUAUAAAAAAAACUGUUCACUGCAGUUGUUAGGUGGGUAAUUCUCCAAGGCUCCAAGACACAAGUUAGGAUGUUUAAUAUUUCAAAAUUUCAAUAAAUGAAUUAAUUUUAAACUAAUAUUUUCCAUGGAAGUAUGAAAUGAAUCAACCUUGGAAAUAUUGUAAACACAGUGUGCCUGUGCACAAAAACACUUUGAAACUUAUUGUAAUCUACCAUGCGAGCUUCAAAAGAUUAAUAGAUUACUUAAGCAUCAAAUCUUGCUUUCCUAUUACAUACCAACUUAAAACUAUACAAAGAAAUUAUGAUUAAAAAUAUAUUCCAUUGAAAACAAGCAUCAGGUUUGUCUUACUCGCUGUCUGUUUUGCUCCAUUGGAGUUUUAAGAGUUAAGAGCAAAUGAACUUGGGUCAAAAAGAGUUGGUAUCUCUCAUAUAGGCAAAGAAAACAACUUGAGAUUUUUUUUUACUUUUUUUUUUUGCAUGGCAAAAAGCAGCAUCUUGAAAAGUACAGUUGCGAAUUAAGAUUCAUCUGAAGGUGAAACUGCUUAGGCAAUACCUAAUAUCAUGGCACAAUUAAUGAGAGCUCAAUAAAAUUAUGCUGCAUGAGUUUUACUGAAAGAUUGUCAAUACGAACCUGUGAUAAUUAAAUAAUAACAUGUUAACAAAAAUACUUUAAUCAAAAUAUCAUGAGAUAUUAAUGUACGAUCAUCAUUGUCAUUUGUAACAUGAUACAUAAGUUAUUCAGUGUCCUAAAAUUCACAAUACAGUUAACACGCAAAAGUAGAUGAUCGCGCAGAAACAACCAGCAGACGAUUUGCCCUCACAACUCUUCCUUAGGGAGCGGCAUCGAGGGCAUGACCUUGACCUGAGAGCAUCUUGCUCCCUCCAGUAAAACGGCCAUCCGCCAUGCUGUUUCCUGAGAGUAAAAUGGCCAUCUGCCAUGCUGUUUCCUGAGAGUAAAAUGGCCAUCUGCCAUGCUGUUUCCUGAGAGUAAAAUGGCCAUCUGCCAUACUGUUUCCUGAGAGUAAAAUGGCCAUCCGCCAUACUGUUUCCUGAGAGUAAAAUGGCCAUCCGCCAUGCUGUUUCCUGAGAGUAAAAAGAUUUAAAAGACUUAAGUAAAACAAACCUAUUAUUAAAUGAUUUCUAUAUUAUUCUAUAUUAUUCUAUAUUAUUAAAUUGAUUAUCACCGAAAUUUUCAUCGAAUAAACACAAAUUAAAUUUUAGUAUGAUAACUUUUUAAGUUAAGACACAUUUUUCUAGAACUGCCACACAAAUUAAUGUUUCGUAAGAUGCAGUAGUACUCAAUUUAUAAAUAAAAAUACAUUCAGGUUGUCAUUUUUUUUUCAAACUAUAAUAUUUAUAUCUAAUACUAUUUACUAAACUGUUAUGAUUUUGUUGUUUGUAUAGGUAGAACAAUGAAAUUAAGAAGUAUGCAGAUUUUGUGAAUAUCUGUAUACAUAUACUUUAAUGAAUUGGGAGUUAUAAAAAUAAUUAUUUUGCAUAAUGACAAGAGGUCUGAGAAUCAUUUUUCAUAGCAAUAAAUAAAUUGCAUAUGCAAUAUAACCAUGCACUGUAUAUUUCAUAAAAUACAAAGCAUUUUAUUUUUAGUUAAAAUUUUUUGAAGAAUUUAUUUACACUUAGGAAAUCAAUGAAAGAGUUUCCCCCCACCCCCCCCACCAAAAUCAAAAAUAUAUGUUAGUUUAGUAGUUUAUUAAUUAUGGCAUUGCAAUAUUUCUGUGGAUAUAGUAUGUCGUGGAUUUAUCACUUUGUGAAGGUUUGCAAGGUGCUGACUGAAUACAAAAAUAGAACUGAUUGAACAGUCAUAAGAUUGUCGUGUCUGACGAAAAGUGUGAAAUUGAAGCCAAUAAAAUGUUCUGUGGAUUUAUUGAACCAGUGUUUACAAGUGCAUUUAUGAGAAAGAAUAACGGAAACAGUAUAGUUUGAAAUGUGGCAUGAACAAAUUUAAAUAUGCUUAACUAUCAGGUGAAUGUUACUGGUUGAACUUGGAUUCAGGCAAACAUUUUACAGAGAAAUCAUCAUAUUUUUUCUGCUCCUCAAACACACAAAAAGAAGUAUUUUCUGUCAUCGUUGCUGCCAACUUUGCUUGCCAAAACAAGUGUUUCUGUAAGCCAUUCAAUCUUUGCCCUUUUUCCUUUUUACCCACAAGCCUUCAAACCUUUGCUCCUAAAAUAUCCCAGUUAUUAUAACAUAACAUGUUACUGUGUGUCCGAUUUCUAGAACAGCGUUGAAUACAGACUUGAGUGUAAAGUUUCAGAAUAUACAAAUACUUUGCAAAAAAUUGUAUUGCAAUGUGCCCUUUUUAUACUAAAUAUUAAGAAAAAAAUAAAUAAAAAAAGAACAAAUGCAAGCAAAAUUAUACACACAAGUGUCUAUAUAUUAUAUAUACUAUAUGAGGUCUAGAAAUGAAAACAACUGUACAGUUUGUGAUAAUUUUUUCAUCAUAAAACCAUCAAAAUCAUCAUACAUCAUCCAUAGUGCUUUUUUGAGCAUGUGAUAUAUAAAUAAAAAAAUCUAUAACUUCUUUUUAAUCAUUAAUCAUGUGAAAAAAAUAAAUAAAAAAGACUUUUGUACUCUUGUCUUCUGCUAGCGAUUUAAGUGGUCUGUGAAAAAAAUAUUAAGUGGAAUUGGAAGAACGAAACAAACAUAACUCUCUGGAAAAAGUUUACAGAAAGUAUAAUAAAAAUCAAGAUGUGUUACCGUAA